UGAGGUUGGUUUUCUCUCUCUUUUUUCUUUGUUAAUGGGGAUUCUACAGCUUAAUUCUCUGCAAUUUCCCCCUCUUUUUAGGAAAGACCAUGAUCAUGGGAUUCAUAAAAAUGCAGAAAUAAGUAAGACUAAAAGAAGAUUGUGUAAUUCUAGAGUGAGAAUCAGUGCGGUGGGAACAGUGCCUGAUAUCCAGCAAGUGGCGGUGCCUUCUGAGGAACCCCCUUCUGUUGAUUUCGCUUUCGUUUCGUCUCGAUUGUUACCAGAUGGAACCCCGGAUGUGCACAUUCGAUCCUCGAAAGGUGGGCGCAAGCUCAGAAACAUAAUGAGGGAGGGACACAUCGAUCUCUAUGGACCAUAUGACAAACCUCUGCUUAACUGUGCAGGGAGUGGCACAUGUGGAACAUGUAUUGUGGAGGUUGUUUCCGGAAAGGAACUUCUAAGUCCCCGUACAGAUAAAGAGAAAGAAAUUCUUAAGAAGAAACCCAAGACUUGGAGACUUGCAUGUCAAACUGUUGUGGGGAACGGAGAUUCUCGAGGCGAGGUUAUCAUCCAAACUUUACCUGAAUGGAAGGCACAUGAUUGGCACUAGUUGAGUUAUAAUGUUCGGUUGGCAUACUUCCUACAAUAGAUGCUCCUUGUACACAUCAGUAUCAUGCGAAAGGUUCCCUCUUACUGUCGGACUCCUUGACGGUUGCAGGAUCUAUUCUCCUAAACUACCUAUUAGAGGUAAUUGUUCCUAAGCAACAAUUUCUUGAAGGGGAAGUGUUUUCUGGGCUCACAAAAUCCUGUGAUUGUUUUAGGGAAUGGAAAAGUUUUUAAAUGAUUCAGGGUCCAUGUAUUCCAAUGUAAGGUUCCUCUUUUAGCUGCUAAUGGUGAUUGAUCGGAAGUUAGCUGAAAUGAAUAUGUUUGUAGUGUAAUUUAUCGAUGAUAUAUAUAUAUAUAUCAUAAGUUUUAGUCUUAUAGAGCU